AUGGAUUCUGAACAGAUGCAAACGGAGUAUGCACGGCUGCAAAGUGCUACUACGCUCGAAAACCCGAUGUUCAACAACAUUGUCGUCGCUUGUUGUGGAAUUAUUCCUUCAGCGUAUCUCAGCACGAUAUCCGUCUUGCUUCCAGCAAUUGCAUAUCCAUUCCUGUCUCCCCGCGCUGCUCAUGGGCUACUCGUCUGUUCCUUUCUUCUAAAUUCACAUGCCUUCAUGUUCCAACAUGACCUUUGGAAAAUGGGAGAACCGUCUACAGACAUACCCUACUGGAAACUCGCCUUUGUGAUUUUUUGCUUAACCAUUGGUAUGGUUGGGUUGACCCGAGGCCAGUAUCGCAAAACACGGCCAAGGCAUACCUUUCUUCUAGGCGUCAUUCCGUUGCUUUUGGCUUCCGCAACAGCCUGGGUUCUAUACGUUUUUGUGGCCCUCCCUCAAGAACAGGUAAAAGACUAUACGGAAACACGUGAAGCUCGCCUCAGGAAAUUUUGCACGAUUUCGCCUAUUGUUCUUACGGUUAUCUGCUUCAAAAAGUUUGGUCGACCAAUCUCGAUCGCCAUGUCUCAACUGGUCGCUCGUCGCGUCCGCUGGUUGUUUCGGUUUCGUCCAAGUGACAUCGAGGCCAAUGCCAACGCCGAUGUCGUGAGCUAUUCACCUGCAGCUUUCCAACACGAGGCCUCUGAGUUCCUAUGGCGCAAUCCUAUCGAACAUUAUAGACGCCUUCGAAAUGGCGCCCUUGGCCGCGCGGACGAUGCAUCGCAUCACGCGAGGUGUGUCCAUUAUAAUUGUGAUAACAGUCGAUGGCCUCUGUCUUCCCGGGAAAUUGUUGUUACCUUCCUUGUGUAUCUCGCCAUGUUGGGUCUGAUGAUUUGCCAAGUGUAUGGGCCCAAAUCUGAGAAAGGCAGAUCAUAG